AUGAAGAUAGUCACUAUUCUGGUAACUGUAUUUAGUGUUCAAGCAAUAAAUCCUGGAGGACCUAGAGUGGUUAGUGAUUCUGUCAAUUGUUUAAAUGGCUUGAUAAAAGCAAAUUUUGUCAUUCCUGGCCAACUUAUAUUUCCUCAUUCAAUAAAUUCUAGCUCUACAGUUUUAAGGAUAAGGGAUAAUAUUCUGAAGAAGCUCCACAAUAGUAACAAAUUCACUGUCCAAGUCACUGGUCCUGACAUCAAAGCUGUUUGUAACGAUGCUAACAAAAAAUUUAAAGUGCUCCAUAUGGAUCCUUUUAAAAUAAUGUCUAUUGCUAAUUAUUUUGUCAUCAUUGUUGAUAGCUUUCAGGAGUUUACACACAUUGCUAGAAAAGUAAUCAGAUCACGUUUCUGGAAUCCAUAUGGAAGAUUUUUAAUUUUGUUGCACCGUUUAGCCAAUGACGAUAGCGGAAUUCGUGAAGAUGUUGAAAAUAUUUUAACUUGUUUAUUCAAAUCCAAUGUCGUAAAUGUUGUCAUCAUGAUUCCUCGAGCUCAAGAUGUACGUAAUGCACUAGUUUACAGCUGGAGACCAUACGAUCCACCAAACUACUGCGGUUAUUUUAACGAGAGUGCCAAGAACAGGUUAAUUAUAGAAAAUGUUUGUGAACGAGGUGUUGUCAAGAGCACGGAUAGUAUAUUCAAGGAUAAAUUACCUUCCGAUAUGCGUGGAUGUACCCUCAAUAUUUUAGCUAUAGAACGGCAGCCAUUUGUUAGUAGAUAUAAACAUGAUCCAAACAUAGAGAAAACACUCAUUAAGAGAGUGCUCAAACCCCUAAAUUUUUCCGUAGAUUUUGAUAUGAUAUUAAAUAAAUUUCGUGGUGAGCGAGAUGAGAAGGGUGUAUGGGAUGGAGCAUUAAAGGAAUUGGUUGCUCGGAAAGGUCAAAUAUUACUAGGAGGUAUCUUUCCUGAUUUUGAUGUUCAUGAGGAUUUUGAAUGCAGUUCGACAUAUUUAGCGGAUUCAUAUACAUGGGUGGUUCCUCGAGCAAACCCUUCUCCACCCUGGAGUUCACUUACUGCUGCAUUUGAAAAGGAAGUUUGGUACUCAGCUACGAUAGUAUUUCUUAUAUGUGUCGUUACUUGGAAAAUAUUGGGACAAAUAAGUGGGGAUACCAAUUACAAUAGAACUUUCAACCAUUGCUUUUUAAAUUCUUGGAUAGUUUUAUUUGGUUUUCCAGCAUACAUGCGUCCAAAGAAAGAAAGUUUGCGAAUAUUUUUUGUAUUUCUCAAUGUGUAUUGCGUUUUGUUUAUGACAGCAUAUCAAACCAAAUUAAUCAUUGUUUUACAGAACCCAGCUUUUGGGUAUCAAAUUAAAACUGUUCAAGAUUUAGUGCAAAGCGGGCUAAAAUAUGGUGGUUCUGAAGAAUUGCAUGGUUUAUUUUACAAUUCUACUGAUCCUUUCGACUGUUUAAUAAAUGAUGAAUGGAUAGAUGUACUCAAUAUAACAAACGCUUUGUUAGAUGUGGUUGUUAAUCGAAACUUUUCAGUAUUAUGUAGUAAACUGGAAUUAGCUUAUCUUUCAUCAGUAUUACCGGAACUCAGUGAUUUUUUUGGACGCAACAAUUACUAUGCUUUUGAGACGAGUACAUUUUUAGUUCCUUUGGAAAUGAUAGGUUUAAGAGGAUUUCCUUACAUGAAGAAUCUAUCUUAUGCAUUAAAUUUGUAUAGACAAUUUGGGAUGAACGAAAACGUAAGGCGGGAUUUUGCACAACAAAACAGGAGAAAACGAGAAAGAUUACUUCUUUCAUUAAAGGUCCAAAGGGAUAAAAUUAGUUCAUUAUCCAUCCAACACUUACAGAGUGGUUUCUUUGUCUUAGGUCUAGGCAUUGUUGGUGGGACUUUUGUACUAAUAAUGGAAAUUUUAAUAAACAGCAAUUUUAUGCAAAAAUCUGUGUUGCGGCUAUAUGUUAUGCGGAUAUUAAAUAUAAAAUAG